AUGGCUUCCAUCACCAGCACUCUUCUCACAUCUUGGCUCUUCUUUCAGCAAUCACUCGCAGUGACAAACCCCUCUGGUUUCGUCCUCUCUGGCGGAUUUGCAGACCCACGCACAACCUACUGGCAAGGCGUCUAUUACGGAUUCGCAACGUACAAGCAGGACAGAGGCACUGAACCAAAUGUGCACAUUCCUGUUGCCACUUCGAGAUCCUUCUCUUCUGGUUGGGAGUACAGCUCGGCUGUCGUCCUGCCCAACGGCCCUCCCUGGCCUACAACAAAUCCUUAUGUCUGGGAUCCAAUGCUGCAUGUUUACAAUGCCAGCCACUACGUCCUUUACUACGCAGCUCAGUCAAAGGUCAAUGGCCCGAAUGGCGAGAUUAGGCACUGUAUCGGUACCGCGACAUCGACUACCGUCUUGGGCACAUACACCCCAGCAACAGAUGCUCUCAUGUGCGGCGCAGCCCAAGGUGUGCAGUACAUUGCUUCCUACCCAUUCACAUACAAGGGGACCCCAUACAUCCUCUGGAAACGCCAAACCUCCGUCCAAGACUCGCAAAUCCAGGUCACCCAGCUAAGCGCAGACGGCCUGAGUCUCGUCGGCAGCACGACCACGCUCCUCGCAGGCAACAACGGCGACUACACCGUGGAAGGCGGCGCUAUGAUCCUCAACCCAGAAGCCGACAACCACCCCAUCCUCCUCUACGUAACCGGCAACUUCGAAAACACAACCUACCAAAUCGAGUACGCCGUCGCUCCAACAAACGCUCUCAUCCCUCCGAGCGGCAAGCAAUACGUGCCCAAUUCCAAACCACUGAUUGCUACGGGUACCCUCAAUGGACAGGCGGUGUAUGGGCCGGGCGGUCCGUGUUUCCCGCGACCUUAUGAGGUGCAGACGAUGAUGACGUUCAUGUCUGAUCCGAAUGGGGAGGAUAGUAAUGGGAUUGAUGCGAGUUAUAUCAAUCGGACGAUGAGGACGGCGAAUAUUACUUUUGGGGCGGAUAAUACGCUGAAGAUUGUUUAG